UUCUGGCUCACUCCCUCUUGUUGCCAUCUGCAAGGCCUGACCGAAACCGGGACUGGACCGUGUGUGUGUGUCUUUCUCUUUCUCUCUCUCGUUGUCUCUCUCUCUGUCUCUCUGUGAAUACUGUGUGACUUCAACGUUAUAUGUUGUUGUGAAAAACAGCUGGAUGCUACUCGGCUAGCCAGUUUAGCAGCUCCGUGUCUGCAGAGAGCGGUGAAGGUGUCAGAUCCGAUCCGCGCUGCAGCUGUUGGAGGAUGGGCUCAAUGCGUGAUAGGUGACGGUGAUUUUAAAAAAGCGAAAUCUAACCCUUUCCGCUGUCCUGAGACAAAUAACAGUGCUGCUGUGCACUUGUCCAGACCAUAACUUCCGCAGUGAUCAGUGAGGAUGAGGAGUCGCAGUAACUCAGGAGUGAGGCUGGAUGGGUAUGCCAGGCUGGUCCAAGAGACUAUCCUGUGCCAUCAGAACCCAGUGACAGGGUUACUUCCUGCUAGUGCCCAGAAGAAGGAUGCCUGGGUGAGGGAUAAUGUUUACAGUGUCCUGGCUGUGUGGGGGCUGGGCAUGGCCUACCGCAAGAACGCAGACCGAGAUGAAGACAAGGCCAAGGCCUACGAAUUGGAGCAGAGUGUGGUGAAACUGAUGCAGGGACUUCUGCAGUGCAUGAUGAGACAGGUGGCCAAGGUGGAAAAGUUCAAACACACUCAGAGUACAAAUGAUUGCUUGCACGCCAAAUACGAUACUCCUACCUGCGCCACAGUGGUUGGGGAUGACCAGUGGGGCCACCUGCAAGUGGACGCCACCUCCAUUUACCUGCUGAUGCUGGCAGAGAUGACAGCUUCAGGUCUUCGUAUCAUCUCUAACCUGGACGAGGUGGCUUUUAUCCAAAACUUGGUCUUCUACAUAGAAGCUGCCUACAAAGUUGCGGAUUAUGGGAUGUGGGAGCGAGGUGACAAGACCAACCAGGGCAUCCCUGAGCUCAAUGCCAGCUCUGUAGGAAUUGCUAAGGCAGCUCUAGAGGCCUUAGACGAGCUGGAUCUUUUUGGUGCCCAUGGAGGUCCGAAGUCAGUCAUCCAUGUUCUCCCUGAUGAAGUUGAACACUGUCAGUCCAUCCUGUGCUCCAUGCUGCCAAGAGCUUCAACUUCAAAGGAGAUAGAUGCUGGUCUUCUGUCUGUUAUUUCCUUCCCUUCCUUUGCUGUUGAAGAUGCUGAGCUGGUGGCCAUCACCAAGUCAGAGAUCAUAAACAAACUGCAGGGACGCUAUGGCUGCUGCCGCUUCAUCAGGGACGGAUACCGUUGUCCUAAAGAGGACCCGUCUCGACUGCACUAUGAUCCUGCAGAGCUCAAGCUGUUUGAGAAUAUUGAAUGUGAGUGGCCUGUGUUCUGGACUUACCUCAUCCUUGAUGGUAUCUUUAGUGGAGACCAUGUGCAGGUGCAGGAGUACCGUGAGGCCCUGGAGGGCAUUUUGAUCAGAGGGAAGAACGGCAUCAAACUGGUGCCUGAACUUUAUGCUGUACCAAGUGACAAGGUGGAGGAGGAGUACACCAACCCCCACUCAGUGGACAGAGUGGCCAUGGGGCAGCUGCCACACAUGUGGGGACAAUCACUUUACAUCUUAAGCUGUCUUCUGGCUGAGGGCUUUUUGGCACCAGGAGAGGUAGAUCCUCUCAACAGGAGAUUCUCUACAAACCUCAAGCUAGAUGUUGUUGUACAAGUUUGUGUUCUAGCGGAGACAGAGGAGAUCCAGGAGUUGUUGCGUGAUCAUGGGAUUAACGUCCAAUUGAUGUCGGACGUUUUGCCUAUCAGGGUCAUGCCUGCCCGCAUCCUGAGUCAUGUCUAUGUCAGACUGGGGAACUGCAAGAAACUAAACUUGAGUGGGAGACCCUACAGACACAUUGGAGUUUUGGGAACAUCCAAAUUCUAUGAGAUUAGAAACCGGACCUACAUAUUCACUCCUCAGUUUCUGGAUCAGCACCAUUUCUACUUGGCACUGGACAACCAGAUGAUUGUGGAAAUGUUACGCACAGAGCUGGCCUAUCUCUCCUCUUGCUGGAGGAUGACAGGACGGCCCACACUCACAUUCCCCAUCACCCACAGCAUGCUAGUUGAAGAUGGAGACACAAUUGAUCCGUGUAUCCUAGCAACCCUCAGGAAACUACAGGAUGGCUAUUUUGCUGGAGCGAGGGUGCAGAUGUCGGACCUCUCCAGCUUCCAGACCACUUCCUUCCACACUAGCCUCAGCUUCCUGGAUAAAGAGAACGAUGAUAGCUUACUUGAGGAUGAGGACGAGGAGGAUGAUGAAGAAUAUGAAGAAGAAUACAAUUAUCGUGGGCUCUCAGCAGGGGGCUCGAAGGACAUGAUGGAUCAGUACCUCACACAGCUCCUUGACAGCACCACCACCUCUAAGUGCCAUCUUCCUCCCAUCCAGAGGGGGCAGCAACACGUCUUCAGUGCUGAACACACCACCAGAGACAUCCUGUCUCUUAUGGCCCAGGUUCAGGGCCUCAACAUGCCCAAGUCUUCCAUGUAUCUACCUGUGACUCCAGCCAUGAGCAAACAUCGCAAAUCUCUCAACCUACUUGAAGUUCCUCAUCCUCAGCAGGUCUCACAUACAAAGCAGCACAAGCCCCACAGUGCUGGUGAACUGCACCUGCCUCGAGACUCCCACGGCAACACAGAUUUUGCAACGUUGGUGAGGCAGCUGAAAGAGUGUCCAACUCUGCAGGACCAGGCUGACAUCCUCCACAUCCUUUAUGUAAUGAAAGGAGCUGAUUGGACGGUGGAGUUGUCAGGACCUGGGCAGGGCGGGGUCAGUGUGCAUUCCCUGUUGGAGGAGCUUUAUGUACAAGCUGGAGCCUGCAAGGAGUGGGGUCUCAUCAGAUAUAUCUCUGGAAUACUACGCAAGAGAGUGGAGGUCCUGGCUGAGGCCUGCACAGAUCUUAUUUCCCAUCACAAGCAGCUGACAGUGGGUCUUCCUCCUGAACCUAGGGAAAGAGUCAUUGCAGUUCCUCUUCCUCCGGACGAGCUGAACACUCUCAUUUAUGAAGCCAGUGGUCAGGACAUCAGUAUAGCUGUACUCACUCAGGAAAUCAUGGUGUAUCUAGCCAUGUACAUGCGCUCUCAACCUUAUCUGUUUGGAGAAAUGCUGCGACUCAGAAUAGGACUCAUCAUGCAAGUGAUGGCCACUGAGCUUGCUCGCAGCCUGCACUGCUCCGGGGAGGAGGCAUCAGAGAGCUUGAUGAACCUGAGUCCAUUUGACAUGAAGAACUUACUGCAUCACAUCCUCAGUGGCAAGGAGUUUGGGGUGGAGAGGAGCAUGCGCCCCAUCCAGUCGACAGCCACCAGUCCUGCAAUCUCAAUUCAUGAACUAGGCCACACUGGAGCCACCAAGACUGAACGCACAGGAAUACACAAGCUCAAGAGUGAAAUCAAACAGAUCUGCAGCGGCGGUUUUUCCAUGAGUAGCAAUGUCACUUCUCCUCGCUCCACGCGAUGCAGCAGCCCCUCCACCCCCAGUGGGAUCUUGUCCCCAGUGGGCCAUGGUCCAAGUGAUGGACAGCUGCACUGGGAGGAGAGACAAGGCCAGUGGCUGAGGAGACGCCGGCUGGAUGGAGCUAUCAACAGAGUACCAAUGGGCUUCUACCAGAAGGUCUGGAAGAUCCUGCAGAAGUGCCAUGGUCUGUCCAUUGAUGGAUACGUGUUGCCCUCCUCUACCACAAGAGAGAUGACAGAAGGAGAGAUCAAGUUUGCGGUGCAGGUGGAGUCGGUCCUGAACCACGUCCCUCAACCAGAAUACCGGCAGCUGCUGGUGGAGACUGUGAUGGUUCUGGGCCUGGUAGCUGAUGUGGAUGUGGACAGCAUUGGUGGCGUCAUCCAUGUGGAACGCAUCCUACAUUUGGCCAAUGACCUCUUCCUCACUGACCAGAAAUCUUACAGUGCUGGUGAUUAUUUCCUUGAGAAGGACCCAGCAACCGGCAUCUGCAACUUUUUCUAUGAUAGCGCCCCCAGUGGCAGCUAUGGCACCAUGACCUACUUGUCCAAAGCGGUGGUCACUUAUGUUCAGGACUUCCUGCCAAGUUCCAGCUGCUUGAUGCAGUGAAAACUAGCAUUGUUCACUUCUCCUAAACAGCUGAAAAUGCAUGUUUUAUAAAUGAAGGCUCAGCUGACCGAAAGCAGCAAAGCUUCUCAUUAUCAGCACACACCAAUUCAUGCGGUGUUCAUAAUUAUUUAUCAAUGAAGUCUGUAGCUCUAUAGUCUGAUAUAACAUCAACGCCUUGGCAGCUGAAUGCAAACCACUUCAGAAGACAAAGGUUUAUUUUAUCUUUGUGAGCCUGGACUGUGAACUUAUUUAUUACUUAAACAUGCUGCUCAAAGGUAUGUUUGCAGGAUUUACUAACAUCCAUUUCAUGUAAAUUAAUAUUUACUAAGAUGUAAGUACAUCUGUGUGCUCUUGGUGUUGUGUGAGAGAACAUUAUAUCAAGUUAUCUGACUUUAUAAUUGGAUAUGUCAUAUAUGUUAUAAUUCUGCUUAGACUGGCACUUAUAUCAGAGUAAAUAUGUACCUAAUUUGUGUGCACAAAUUAGUAAUUUGACCUCUAAAUUUAUAAUUUGGCCUCACAAAUGAGUAAUUAUUUCCCUGACAUCUAUAAUUCAUAUAUUUUGUAUUGUUCUUUAAAAUGUUAUUCAUGUAAUAAUUUAUUGUUCUACAUGAUGUGGACAUGUUGGAAAAAUAAUGACAUUUAAACCACUUAACAAUGUUUACCCUCUAAUUAUUUAAUUUUUCUCCACAAAUGACUAAUGUGUGCAUAUGAAUUCACCAAAAAAAUGUACCUCUGAUAUCUUCCAGGCUCUGUAUAGCAGAGUGUUACUGAGAUGUCCUUAUUGUUGUCUUGUGUGAACAUUAAUCUGUAUGGGAACAAGAAUCAUAGUUUCCUUUGAAUGCCAAGAGGCCGGUGAUACUGUUUUUGUCUUUGUGUAUUUUUGAUUUGUGUGUUAGAAGAGAUAUGAAAAGUCCUCCACCUGCCUGAAUGUUACAAUCCCCUGAUACUACUGAUGGUUGAGUCAACAGUUUGCAUGUACCUCAACAUAAUGAAGAUCUGAUCAUUUGUGUACAGUGAAGAUACGUUUAUUUACAGUACAUCAGGGUAGAAAUAAGCUUUAAUAUACCAGUAUGUACUAGUACAUAUACAUUAUAUGCAUGAUUUAUAUGCAGAGAAUUAAAUAGUCGCAGAUGGUGGUUAAGCACCUCGAAGGUUCAGUGUAAGUUGACGAAGGUCUCUGUACGUCUGAGAAGAAUAUUUGACCACACUGGUAGUUUUGUGCAGAGAACACAGAAAGGAAAAAAAAGUUUAAAACAGUUUUCAUCCAAGUGCUUUAAUUGUUUUUGAAAGUAAAACAGAAGGAAAUAUAAUAUAUAUUUUAUUGUUAACCUUAACUGUGAUAUUUUUAUGUAUUUAAAGAUAAGUUUAAAAGAUAAAUAAUUAUUUUACUAAAACAUUGUACACUUCAGACAUUUAAAUAUGUGCUCUGUUACUUUUAGGAUGCAGUUGCCCUUCAUUUCAAUACCAUAAUAUGCUGAAUAAUAUAAUAAAGAUCA